GUCAGAGAAGCUAUCCGUCAGAGCGCGUUGGUUUCCUCCUCAGCAGCCGAGCUGCAGCCGCUGCUGCUGUAGUGACGGUUAUCUCCUGCCAGUCCGGCCCAUCAAAUAAUGAUAUCCAUGCUCUGCACGGCUCUAAUUGUUUCAUCGACGGGUAUAUCUGACACCUCGUACUGACUCUGCCCCGGACAGUCUCCUGGUUGCAAUGGCCACGGUAGUGAUGGAGCAGAUUGGCCGGCUUUUCAUCAACGCCCAGCAGCUCCGGCAGAUCCCUCAGCUGCUCGAGUCAGCCUUUCCGACGCUGCCUUGCACUGUGAAGAUUUCUGAUGUCCCAAGGGUGUUCCGCGAGCGCCACAUCCUUACGGGCUACAGGCAGACGGACCAAAGCUGGCGGUACUACUUUCUCACCCUCUUCCAGAGGCACAAUGAGACCCUCAAUGUGUGGACCCACCUGCUGGCGGCCCUCAUCAUCCUUGUGAAGUGCCAGGAGAUCUCAGAAACGGUGGAUUUUCUGCGCGAUCCUCAUGCCCAGCCCCUCUUCAUCGUCCUCCUGGCAGCCUUCACCUACCUCUCCUUUAGUGCUCUUGCCCACCUCCUCUCUGCCAAAUCAGAGCUCUCAUACUACACCUUCUACUUCCUCGACUACGUCGGGGUGUCCGUCUACCAAUACGGGAGUGCUCUGGCGCACUACUACUACGCUAUAGAGAAGGAGUGGCACAGUUCAGUGCAGGGCUUCUUUCUGCACACUGCUGCAUUUUUGGCUUGGCUCACUUGCUUCGGGUGCUGCUAUGGCAAAUAUGCAAGGCACGACCUGCCCAAGUUUGCCCACAAGCUCCUCCAAGUGGUGCCGUCGGCGUUAGCUUACUGCUUAGACAUCAGCCCCGUGGUCCACCGCAUCUACAGCUGCUACUGGGAAGGCUGCUCCGACCCAGUAGUGUGGUACCACGUCUACCAAGUGAUCUUCUUCCUAAUCAGCGCCUACUUCUUUUGCUGCCCACACCCAGAGAGCCUGCUCCCUGGGAAGUGUGACUUCUUUGGGCAGGGCCACCAGAUCUUCCACGUGCUGGUGGUGGUGUGCACCCUGAUGCAGAUCGAAGCUCUGCGAACUGACUUCACAGAGCGCCGCCCGCUCUACGAGCGUCUCCACGGAGACCUCGCCCACGACGCCGUGGCGCUCUUCAUCUUCACCACCUGCUGCUGCGCUCUCACCGCGUUUUAUGUGCGCAACCGUGUGCGUGCCUCCCUCUACGAGAAGAAGGAGUGAGGACGGAGUACGUCCAAAAGCAAGGAGGGUUAAUUUAUUUUACUCUAUAGUGAUGGUUUUAAAAAUAAUUAACAUGUUUUUGUCUAUGAGAAAUAUUGGUUUGUGACAGUGACUUUUGCUUAUUUCUUCUGCCAAACUACAGUAAAGUAACGUGACUGAGGAUGUGACACACAGUAAGGGAAGCUGGGACUGUGUUGGUAGCCAUGCAAAUGCUACUCAGCUGUUUUGCUUUAACAUGUGAAAACUGUUAUUUUAUACAGGUGAGUAGAUACAUUGAAGAGUGAUUCAAAAAUUCCCUUUGAACUUUGUUCUGUAUAAGCUACCUGCCUUAAUCAGAUUGUAGCAUUUUAAGUUAUGCAAACAGUUCAAUCAAAAUUCAUAGGCUGGAAUCUAAUAAUUCCAAGCCAAAAUCCUUUUAACUGCAGAUUUUACCCAGCCUUUUAGUAUCAAAACAGGUAUAUUUGUCUUUAAUGGAUAGUCUUGACUUUUUUGAAGUGAGGUUAUAUAAAAUUAUUAUAAGUAAUAGUUUCCUUACCUGGCUGACAAUGAGUUUGUAGAAAGAAAAAAAUAAUGAAACUUCAGUGCAGUGGUGGGGUAACAGCUGGUCUGAUGGAAGGCCAUGCAAUGAAACAGGUUUAAAAGUCUGGUAGUACUUUUAGUUUAAACUAAAAAUACUACUACUAAAAAUAUGGAGCAAAAAGUAUCCCUGGAAAAAUGUGGAUUAAGAGAUUUAGUGGAUGAUGUAGAGAGUUCAAGCAACGCUGAUUUUUGAAACCGAAUCUCAAAAAUGGAUCAAUCCCCUUUAAGUCAAAUAUAAUAUUCUUGAUAUACAUAUAUGCUGACGUUCCAUCCUAGUCUGAGCUGAGCAGCGAUUUGCUUCUCAUACUGGUCAUCAACUAGUCAGAAGCAGAUCUAGGGUGACUUCAUGGCAGGGCUGCAAAAUAUCAGAAAAGCACGCUGAAGUUCCCAAAUACGGCAUUAAUGAUUUAUGAUUAAUCCACAUAUUCCUGGAUUUCUUUAUACAUUUUCUUAUUCAUGUUUCUUUAGCAUAAUUGAGGACAUUUUUAGUAAGCUACCUGAAAGCCACUCCUUGUAUUUAAAUAAGCCAACAUUAUUUAUUUGGUGACCUUCUUUGAAAAUGAGACUGGUACUCUGCAUUGGUUCAGUGAUGGAUCACUGGAGUCUUUUUCGUUGUGUAACAAAUAUAAUUCCUGUUGUUUUUUUUUUUUAUCUAAGGGCUGAAGUGUCAGCUUUCGCCUCACAUCCCAUGAUGUCAGUGCUUUGCGUGCAUGUUUUUAAUUAGUGACGGUGAUGAGAGUUGAGCCACAAAUGCCAAGUCUGAGUUGGAAUGUUGAAGUUUUAGAUUGUUUUUUUUUUGUUGUUUCUGUCUUCUUUUAUGUGCCUCUACGCAUGUCCUUUGGUACAUACUGUGGAUGUUAAGUGUGUGAAUGUCAACGAAAGCUUAGCCUUGCACUUUUUUUCUUACCUUGUAAAUAAGUUGUACUUCUCUCUAGAGAGUGUUGUCUCAUUUUUACUACGUCUCACACACAAUUCAGAACAGGUUUUGUUUUCUAAUGGAGAAUAUCGCGUUCAUAUUUUUUUGCCAGACUUUAUUGGUACUAAUGCAUUGUUUCAUACUGCUGUUUUGUUACUUUGAAGAAGACGUUUAUUGUCUUCAGAGCCCUUGGUUGACUUUUCUCAUGAGACUUUCUCACAUGGCUUUACAAGCAAAUGUCACUUGGAUUUUUGUCAUAAAAUCUCAAAAUGUCAGAAAUGAUCAAUAUUCAUUACCUCGCUCUCUGUUCACAACCGUGUUUAAUGUGCCAAUCAAUCUGUUAUUACUUCGGUGAUGACGGUACUACUGAGAGAUGACUAAUCUGAAUUUUUUUUUUUUUCGUCUCGGCCUACGAUGCUGUUAUUGGUGAAGUUUAAGCAUCACAGUCCAAAACUGUGAAAGCCGAACGUUUUCUAACUUGGUCUCAUUAUGCACUGCCUGAAUCAACAUUGUACAUACUGUAACUGACAGUGCUGGCUAUGUUUACAUGCAUGAAAACUGUAUUUCUUCUGGUUUUGCGUGGCUUCUCUGAGAUGACGUGAUGCAAAACAACAACAACAACAAAAACUAAAAAAACAAAAACAAAAAAAAACUUGAGGAGAAAGACUGGAUUCCAGUUCAGCUGCAGUGAAAACUAGUGAACAGCGCGAUUCAGGCUGUCUUCACGCAGUCUAAUGCUUUACUGAAAGGUGUCUUUAUAGGCAAAUGAUUUCCUGUUGGUAAAUGAUGUCUGUAAACAUCUCACCAGCCCUACUUGUAUAGUAGCAUAAGGACCAAAGCAGCGACUAGGCAUUUAACUUUAUGUCCUCUGUGAUUUAUUAAAAAGGAGAGGGAACAGCUGUAGAGCUCAUAGCAGCAUGGAUAAUCUCAUAGAUUAUCCUAGUUGUAUGGUGACAAACUGUUCAGAAUAUGGCCAGUAUUCUCUGUUCAUGUGUAUGUAAACAUAGCCUCAGAUGACACUUAAAGUUUCUCUUUAUUCUUUUCAAAAAAAAAAAGAAAAAAAAAAGCAGGGUCAGAGGGAUCAGAAUGGUUUCUGUCUCUAACAAUAUCUGUAACUGUACUAAUAUGAUGUGCUAUUAAAAAAAAUAAAUAAAGUGUUACUGUAA